AAAUAUGAAUAUUAUGUACAUACUUCUUUACCGUGUGAUUUAUUUGACGGUAAAAUAAAGCAAAGAAAGAAAGGUUACUCUGUUUGUAUUGUUUAAACUUACUUGAAGUCGUCCUAGUCUACCAAAAAGUUAUAAUAGGUUGAUCUUUCCUGGAAAAUGAAAUGAUUGACACUUUAGGCUCAAUUGGAAAUUCUUGUACGCUAAAAUUCUCAAUAUUAUGCUUAUAUAAACUCUCUUAACAUCGAUAAGUGCUUAUUCACUCAGCCUCUCUUUUAGUUUUUAACUAGUUCCUAUUUCAAUAUUUCAUUACCAUUUACUAUCAAUGGCUUUCAAUUUUUUCCUCAAGAAUAUUACUGUUGUUGUUCUUCUUUUUUUCAUUCUUAGCCUAUAUCCCUUUAUAGUAACUUCCCGCAACUUAAAAGAAUUAUCCAUGCUUGAAAGGCAUGAAAAUUGGAUGGUUCAUCAUGGACGUGUAUACAAAGAUGAUAUAGAAAAAGAACACCGCUUCAAAACAUUCAAGGAAAACGUUGAGUUCAUCGAAUCUUUCAACAAGAAUGGAACUCAACGUUAUAAGCUAGCCAUCAAUAAAUAUGCUGAUCUGACCACUGAGGAAUUCACAACAUCAUUUAUGGGGCUCGACACUUCAAUACUAUCCCAGCAAGAAUCAACAGCUACAACAACGUCCUUUAAAUAUGAUAGUGUGACUGAAGUUCCAAAUAGCAUGGACUGGAGAAAGAGAGGGAGUGUCACAGGAGUCAAGGAUCAAGGUGUAUGUGGAUGUUGUUGGGCAUUUUCUGCGGCCGCGGCUAUAGAAGGAGCAUAUCAAAUUGCAAACAACGAACUAAUCUCUCUUUCAGAGCAACAACUAUUGGAUUGCUCUACGCAGAACAAAGGUUGUGAGGGCGGACUAAUGACUGUCGCUUACGACUUCUUACUUCAGAACAAUGGCGGGGGCAUUACCACAGAGACUAAUUAUCCUUAUGAAGAAGCUCAAAAAGUUUGCAAGACCGAACAACCAGCAGCAGUUACUAUCAAUGGCUACGAAGUCGUACCAUCUGACGAGUCAUCGUUGUUGAAAGCUGUAGUGAAUCAACCUAUUUCUGUUGGUAUUGCGGCUAACGAUGAGUUUCAUAUGUACGGAAGUGGAAUAUAUGAUGGAAGUUGUAAUUCUAGACUGAAUCAUGCAGUGACAGUUAUAGGUUAUGGGACAAGUGAAGAAGAUGGUACAAAAUAUUGGAUAGUGAAGAAUUCAUGGGGGAGUAGUUGGGGUGAGGAAGGAUAUAUGAGAAUUGCUAGAGAUGUUGGAGUUGAUGGUGGCCAUUGUGGCAUUGCAAAGGUUGCUUCGUUCCCUACGGUUUGAAUUUAUAUGACAAAAAAUAGGCAUUGCUAUUAAUAUUAUGUAGAAGAGUUGCCAAUGCUAUUGCUUGUAAUUCGUCUUUCAACAAUAAAUUAAUCAAUAUAUGAGAAGUAUUUUUCUUUUUUUAAA